AUGGCGUCGUCGUCAACGCUAUUAUUUCUUGACUUGCCGCCCGGGACAUUCAUAGGCAUAGACUUGUUAUCUUUCAACUCGUCACCAAACUUUCACGGUGUAAUUGAGGUGCCCAUUGGGAUACACUUCAUCUACACCGGCACAGAUGCUUCAGUAUCCAUUCGGAAUGGCCGCUGGUUGAAUAUUGAGUCGUCCAGCACAACUCACACCUUCCAGUGGAACGCUGAAGAUGAGUCGCUCUCACUCAUUACGCCCGAUUCCCCCACAGCACAACAUGCGCUCAGCACCAUGCCAUCACUUCCUGCGCACGGCUUGAUCACCUACCCAGCCCUUGAGGCCGCAACCUCCAAUCUGCAAGCUGGCGAUACGUCUACAGGAGCAAUUUCACCAAUCCCUGCCUCCUCCUGGACGUCGUUGGUGUCACAUAUCUCCUCAUCGACCAUAGCGCGCAUAACGCCCACCGGCACCUUGACGUCUAUAUCCUCAGCGCCUGCGGACUCUGAAGCCGAUUCUAUCCCCGGCCUUACCCGUUCCGAAGCCUUGUCCGCCCUGCCAUCCAGCACCAACCUCAACCUGUUGCCCAUCGACCUCAAGCGCACCUGGGCUGAGGGCGAUGUGGGCGUCGUGCGCACUGAGCGCGCUCGCGACCGCAGCUGGUAUUUGCACCGAUUACUCGGAGACUUGACGGAAGGGUACGAGAGGCAUAUCAGCGCCCGUGAGGUACUGGGCGAGCUGCAGUUCUGUUAUGUUAUGGUGAUGGUGCUCGCCAACUGGAGUUGUCUGGAGGGGUGGAAGCGGAUUAUAAGCGUGGUAUUCACCUGCAGGAUAGCACUGAGAGAAGCACAAGGUUGGUUUGUGGAAGUUGUGCGAGUGUUGAAGUUCCAGUUGGAGAGAGCAGAAGACGUAGAGGGAGGAGUGUUUGAAUUGAGGGAGGAGGGAGCGAGUGGGUGGCUGAAGGUUUUGCUGAAGAGGUUCAGGGAGAAUGUGGAAGAUUCUCUGGACCCGGGAAGUAAGCUCGAGCAAGAACUACAGAGCCUGGAGGAAGUCAUGAGGGAGCGCUAUGGCUGGGAGGUGGAAAAGACGGUGCUGAAGAGAGGAAUGGUGCAGUUGGAAGAUGGCGAGAUGUUGGAAGUGAGUCUUACUGGGGCAGAUGAGGACGAGGAAAAGGGGGAUUGGGCACCAGUCGUCGUCGAAACCUAG